AUGUCGAAUUCAUCAAAUGAUGUUUUGAUGCCACAAGAACUAAUUGAUUUAAAUGAAAAGAAAAAGGCAGAGCAACAACGUUUGGAAAAGUAUCGAGAAGCACAGCGAAUGAAAUACGAAGCAAUUCAUCUUUCCAAAAAGACACUUGAAGACGCCAAAAAAGCAAAAAAAGAAAAAGAAAAUGAAGAAAAACGCAAACAAGCACUUGAAGAACAAAAGAAAAUUCAACAACACAAUGAAGCUGAAAAAUCGCGACUUGUGCAAUACCGCCAACACCAAGCAGAACUUUUACAAAAGCAGAAGAAUGAAAAGGAAGAAAAGGAACUUGCGAAACAGGCGCGACUGAGAAAGAUCGAAGAAGACAAGAAAAAAACAGAAGAAGAGCGACUCAGGCAAAUUGAACUUCAAAAGAUACGUGAAAAAGAACAACUCGCACGAUACAGACAACUUCAAAGCCAAAAGUAUCACCAAACAUCCACACAACAGCAAUACAGAAAACACUCUGAUGAGCGUUAUUAUGAUGAUCAAUAUGGUGGAUAUGGUGAUUACAAUUGA